AAGAAGUACAAGAACAGAUUUGACUUUUGCCGUCAUAAGAAAUAUUGUGGAACUAAUUUGAAAGUUGCAUGUUUACACUGUGACAAGUUGUUUUCGAGGAAGGACAAACUGACUGCCCACUUUAAAAAAUUCCAUUCUGAAGUAGCAAAACGGAAAGCUGAAGAAGGUGCCGAGCUCUUACGUCUAGAGUUAUUGAAUUCUGGAAAGGUACCUCGAUUAUGUAAUGAGGAACAGACAGGCGGGGCUGUGACUAUCGUGGAAUGACACACGAGACUGAUGAAGGGGAUCACAAAUCUGGUGUAAAAGUUACUAAAGGUAAAAAACGUGGGGCUGAUCAAGGAGAUAACAAAUCUGAUGUAAAAGUUUCUAAGGAAGAGGUAGCUGAUAAAUCAGAAGACUCCACUGACACAUACGGUGGUGGUCCAGAUCCACUCUAUGUAGCUGAAUUCAAGAAAUUGGGUCCAGCCAAACGUUGGAAGAAAAAUACCGUGGUGAACCAGAAGUUCAUUCUCACGUUAGAUCAAAAACGCGGCCUAAAAGAAAAUGAAGAUUUGAAUAUUGGAGCAACACAUGCCAUAGCAGUUGGAGUUGACAAGCUGGUCGAAGACCUCAAAAUCCCAGAUAGCCAUUGGAUGACAUUGCAAAUAGGAAGCCGUGAACACAGAAAAGAGGGUUUAACUGGAAAGAGUUGGGGCGUACCAGUGGGUGAUUUCACAUGGAGAGCCGCGUAUGCACAAGCUUUGUUGCAGAAACUUUCCAAUGUUUUAAACAGUGCGCAGUUCAUUACUAAUGAUAUAGGGUUUUCAGCCUCAGUCUUAUUCACCCGACCUGAGACGAAAGGAGGUAAACGAGCAGGCGGUGGUCCAGGUCAGAAAAUUUGGAGUCACUUAGUGAAAGAAUCUCGAUGUGUCUGUGAAAUCAAAAACAAAGAUUCCCUCUGUUGUGCAAGAGCCAUUGUAGUGAUGCGUGAAUAUGCCAAACGUCAAGCUGGUGAACACAACACUUUUGAAAAUAUUCAUAAAGAUCGUGGAAAAAAUUCACAACAACUCAAAGAAGCUAAGAGGUUACAUGACGAAGCGGGUGUAGCUGAAGGUCUUUGUGGUUUGGAGGAAAUAGACAAAUUCCAAGACUACCUUGGUCUGCAAGGCUACAGAAUAAUUGUGGUAGACGCUUGUAGAGGUAGCGUGAUUUUUAAAGGUGACGCAUUUAAAGAAGCUAAGAAGAUCAUUGCUAUAGAGAAAUCUGUGUAUGAAGAUGAAAAGGGAGAUUUGAAAGCUCACUAUGAUGGUCUGUAUUCAAUACCAGGCUUCAUGAAUCGCAGCUACUUUUGUUAUCGCUGCUGUAAGGGAUACAAUACAGAAAAUAGCGCCCAUCAUAAUUGUGAAGCGCGGAAUUGCCCUGGUUGUUUAAGAAGAAAGACGGAUGACGACGAAGGCUGUAUACAUUUUACCUUUGGGGUAAAACCAGAUAGAAGUUGUAUCAUUUGUAGACGUGAGUUUUAUGGUGAAGUCUGUUUUCAAAAUCACCUGAUCAAAGAAGUUUAUAAAGACCCAUCUUUAAAAAGGAUGACACAAUUAAUUGAAGAUGAGUUGAACGAGGAUCUUUCUUACAGAGUGAAAAUGAUAAGUGUUUGUGAUCAAUAUCGUAAAGAUUUUGGUGUGACAUAUAAAGUAAAAGAAGACACAUCCCACAAAUGUCUUCAUGCUAUGUGUAAACAUUGCUUAGAGUAUGUCAACAUUUACGAACAUAAAUGUUUCAUCACAUCUGAGGAGGAAAAAUGUUUUAAAGGCACCUUAAAAGAAUUUCAAAAGCAGAAAAGAGAGAAAGAAAAACUCUAUACAGAAUUGUAUGGAGAAGAGGAUGCAAAGGAUGAGUUUAAAGAGAAAGUAAUUGAUGAUUUGAUGAAACAACGUAAAAGAAAGGUUGACGAAUUGAAUGCUAUCAACAAUGGUAUUCCUAUGGAAGAAAUAAAGGGAAGAAGAGAACAGCAACGAUUAGACGAUUUAUGUGAAAGAGCGAUACAGCAAUUGCAAGAAAGGGGUGUAGCCUUGGAGGCUAUUACACAGGACAUGGUAGAUCGUGAAGUGAGAAGAAACCAAAAACAAGAAGAAGAUUUAACGUCACAACAGGAGCCAAGCUCAAUCAUGAUCUUUGCUGAUGUGGAAUGUUUACUGGAUAGCAGCAACACAUUCGUACCUAUUUUGAUCUGUUAUGCAAGACAUGGCGAUGACACUAUUUAUCAUCAUUGGGGUACCAAUUGUAUCCAAGCUUUCAUUGAAACCAUGAUCGAUUGGUCUAAUCAAGAUAAGAAGGAAGAAGACAGCAAAGAGCUACAUAUUUUCUUU